GGUAUAUUUAAUGUAUAUUUUGUAUUUUUUUGAGGGUCGUGCGGUAUAUUUGAUCGAUAAGUCUGCAGUGACACUGGUUGUCAGUUUUCUUUUCCUUUCUUUCCGGUUUCUGCCACAUAGAAGACGCAAACAUGUUUAUGCCAAAGGCCCAUCGAGUCGCCAUCUACGAGUACCUCUUUAAAGAGGGCGUCAUUGUGGCGAAAAAGGAUUUCCAUGCACAGAAACACCCCGAGUUGGAGUCGAUUCCCAACCUACAUGUCAUCAAGGCACUGCAGUCGCUGCAUUCUCGCGGCCUUGUCAAGGAGCAGUUUGCUUGGAGACACUACUACUGGUAUUUGACCAACGAGGGCAUUGAGGAGCUCCGCAGCUACCUGCACCUGCCCCCAGAGAUUGUUCCCUCGACCCUAAAGCGCCCAGCACGCUCUGAGACUGUGCGCCCACGCCCAGCAGCUGGCGGACCACGCGGUGCUGGCGAUGCCUCGAAGACCGGCGAGGAUCGCUCGGCUUACAGACGAGCCCCCGGCGGAAGCGGUGUGGACAAAAAGGGAGACGUCGGACCCGGCGCUGGAGAGGUUGAGUUCCGUGGCGGAUUCGGUCGUGGCUCGCGUAACUAAACAUGCAGCGCUCCACUUUUUUUUUAUGUAUCCAUUAAACAAACGGAAAUGUUGAGAGAUUCUCAUCAGUCCACAACAACAACAUAAAA